UUUUUUCUGGGGGGGGAUUGUUUUAUGAGCUCUUUUUACAAGGGAAAGAAAAAACACUUUCUCGCCUCCUUUUUCUUUUUCAACUAUCUUUGAGGGAUUUUUAUGGUGGACGCUCGGUCAGGUUUGCUGCUUUUUAUGGUGACUGAUGCUUGGAUCAGGGAGAGAAGGGGGCUGCCACCUGGAGAGUGUUUGAACUGAUUGGAACUGAGGUGUUAGGACCCCAGAAAUACCCCAGAAAAGGUUGUUUGUGAGAUGGCUCAGAUGUGCUUUUCUGGUUUUAGAAAAUGCAGGAGGGCCUGGGAAGUGUGCCUGUGUGUGCGUGUGUGUGUGUGUGUGUGUGUGUGUGUGUGUAGCGAGGUGAGGUACACUAGUGGCCCGCGUGUUCCGUGACUCUGCUUGUCUAUACUGGGGGCUGGUGUCCCACAUGUUUGUUUACCGGUGAGCUGUUGUCACUGCCACCUCCUGGAAAAAUGGCAUGCAGGUUUGGGAAGGAAUGCCCCAACCUCGGAGCUGGGUAUAGAUGGAUGUCUUCUUCUUCUUUUCUUUUUAUGUCUAGCUUGGGAUUGUAGACAAAUAUUUGCAACUCUCUGGAGCAGGAAACUGUUCCGUUUACAGGCAAGGUUCGUUGACACCCGGAAUCUUCCUCUUCAACUCUGCCCCCUCCCUUCUUCCUGGAGGCUCAGUGUUUUUGGUUCCCUUUUACUCUCUAGGUUUGGGGGCCUUUUCCUGCACACGCCCCCCCCCCAAGCCCUGCUUCUGAGGGUGAGAGAGCCAGUGGGCUCUGCCUCAGACCAGAAUGCGCUGGCCCCUUUUCCCUGGGGCUCACUGAGGGUUUGGAAGCAGGAGGCUGGCAGGAGAGAGAGUUCAUGGAGAGGCCACGUUUUCUAGGCGAUUAGCUCAGUAUUAGAACCACAAAAUGACCUCGGAAGCCCCUUGACCUCUCCGAGACUGGACAUUGUGUUGGCUCUUGCCUCCUGCCCAGAAAGGAAAGUCACACCUCUGCAGGGAGGGAUCGUUGGGCUGUUGUGUGUCCCAUCAUCUCCAGCCCCCACAAGCCCCCAACCCCUUCUUUGCUAUCUUGGAAUUUCUGGAUUAUUCUUCUAUUACUCUCCAUGGGGUAAAGGAAUAAAAAAGUUAAGCUGAGCUGGAGGAGUGAAGGCGGGUGCUUCUUCCAUCUGCCAGACUCCACCACCCCCAAGUCUGUUUUUCCCUCCUUCUUUCCUGUUUCCUUGGAGGGAGCCGAGGGGAGAAAGACAAAGGGAGGCAGAUAUGAGAGGUCCAGGGGCUUCAGAGGGCUAGGGGAACAAAUCCCUGGUGCUAAGGAGAGAGGGCUCCCACCAUGGCUACUAUCUCUCAAGGUGUGUUAUCCUAACCCACAGCCUCAUAACCCAUUUUUUUGGACGUUCCUUUGUUUAGGAAGCUUCUUCUCUAAUCACUCUCACCCGCUUCCUCACUCCCCACUGUCCAGCUACUCACAGAACCCACAGAAUACCUCCCCACCAGAGGAGCAAGAGAGAGAAGGGGGAAUGGGUCAGGGCAGGCUGUGCUGAUCAUUUCCAGGGACUGCUGUGCCAUGUUAACCAAAGUUUCCAGCAACUUUUAAUUUUAAGAGAUGCAUGGACAGUUGACUAGGAUGUGAACUCUGAACACAGAGCCUUUUCAAACCUGUGUUCUAUGUGCUGUAUCUUAAACAUCGACCCCAGCAGCCAGCCAUCCUCUUGAGGGGAUAGAGACAAAGACAGACAGACACACCGACAGACUCCAGCUGGGGAGAGGAAAUGUUCCCUUGUGUUCAGAUUAGGAGAGACAGAACCUUGCUGAGAAGUAUGUGGGGUGUUGGUUUGCAUUUUGUAAAUUGUCUCCUGUAUCUUGGGGACUGUUUCAGGUGAGGAGAAAUCACAGGUGCUGGUAUCCUCUCCUUUGUCCCUGAAUGGCUUACUAAAUGCAGGGGCUGGAGGCCUUGGUAAGAAAAAGCAGGCCGGACUGCUCCUGGGAUGAAAAUAUUUGAGGCUCAGGGAAAAUGUGUACCCAUUACUCAUAAGGGCAGAUAACCAAUUGUGAGCCCUCUGUGGGCCCAGGUGACAAAGAUCUAGUCACCUGGGUCUUCGAAUGCUACUCUGCAACGUGAGGAUUCAAGGUCCAUCAGAGGGAAAGCGGGAAAACAAUGGAAACAGAAGGUGGGGGUUCCUUCAAGGGUUUCAAACUCCCCCCCCCCCCGUUGGGGACCUUCCUGCCCCCUCACUCCAAGCCCUCUGACCUCUGCAAAGCUGAGCCCUUCGAGCAGGCAGGCGCCUCUGGCCCUUGGGCUCACCUCCUGUUCUCCGAACCUUUGGACCCCUCUUCUUCCAUCGGCCCUCCCCGCUCCCCCUCCUGCUUGCACCCUGCCUGGGCUGACAGGGGCCGCCCGCGGUGGGUCUCCCUGGGCAGCGGCAGCCCGGGAGGGGGGUCUGGUUGGAAAGCCGAGUUGGGAAGUUUCCCAGCGUGAGUUGAGCGCUGACGGAUUUGCGAUGGGCCAUAAAACCGGCGCGUUCAGAUUCGUAAAUCAAUCUCGCCUUUCUCACAGUAUAAACGUUCGCUUUAUCGGCAGCAAGAAAGCGCUCUGCUCGCGCCCGGGCGCUUGUUUAUUUGAACAUGGACAUUCCCAGGAUCCGAAAAGAGUGUGGGCAUUUUCACAGAACCUGCCCGGCGUGCCUUCGUGUCAUUGGCGCUUCUUUUCUCUCCUCUUUCAAAAUGAUGUCUCGGUUUCAGAGACUGCUGUCUUCGCAGGUUCCAGCACCAUCCCUCUCCUCCCCCCUCCCUCUGCCCACUCCCUCUCGUAUUUUUUCUUUUUAGAUUUUAGUGGGGUGCUUUGCUUUGGGGGACCAGUUUUAAUGGAUUUCUGGCCAGGACCUUGCAGAGAGCUGCCCUCAGUGGAGCCGGGUGCAGGGCUGAAUUCUAUACCAGUCUGGGUUUUGUCUCCGCACAAUCAAAGCUGACUACCCCCCUACAGAGCCGGGGGCCUGCCGGCGCCCCACCCAAGUGUCGUCGUCAGGAGCGGGGUUUCGAGGGGACCUGGCUGGCCCAGGGCCUCUGGCAGGGGCCUCGCUGCCGCUACCGCCAGACCAGACCCGGCUCCAGAAGGGGGUGGCAGUUUCUUCGGGGAUUGGUUGGGGCCCCCAGGAUGGCAGCCUUCUCCCCAUCGAGUCGCUUUUACUUCUGACCCCUCCAAACAAACCACUGGCGGCCCUCGAGCCCCACACCCCCUCCCCAAAGGGCACCAGUCCUCCCUGGGUCCUCCGGUCCCUGCAGCUGCGGCUACCCCGGAGCUGCUGAAGAUAAGGCCGGGAGUGGGGGCGAGGGGCUCCUGCAGGAAUGUCUUCUCUGCUUCCCUUUGCAACCCCAUCCCACACCGCUGGCCAAAGACUCUAACUGGUCUGCUCCUUCUGGCGCCAAGCUGUAUGUGAAGGUUUGGGAGGAUUUUUUUGUUUUGUUUAUAUCUGAGAUGAAGUCUGUGUACGUGUGUCUCUCUCUAGGCCGAGGGAAUGGAUUUCUCCUAUCAUCACCAGUGUUUAACCCUUUACUAUACGACCCCCCCCCCAUCUUCUUCCUAUUGAGCUGUCUCCAUUGUCUGCGGAUUGGAAGCACAGGGUACUAACACCUGGGAAAUAGGGAUGGGGCUGUCAGGCCAACUUCAAAGCCUCUUUCUUCCCUUUCCCUCCCCUCCCCUCCAGUUCAAAUCUCCAGCUGUCUUCACUAGUGUGUUGGGGGGUGGGGAGGGACUGAGACAGGGUGUGACAUAGGUACAGAGAGAUGGAGUGUCCACUUCUUUUGUGUAGGAAUCUGAGUCCAGGUCUUUGUCUCUAGAGUAUAUUCUCAGUCGGUCAGGAGAAUUUGGUUCCCUAGAAUAGUAACGACACAAGGAAAAAAAGUCCCCCUUGCGGUUACUCUCAACUCUGGAAGCUCCCAAGUAAUUUCUUCGCCCUGUCCCUUUUCUGCCCUUUCAAAAGGUACCACAAAGGAUUUUUUUAAAAAGCUAGUUGAAGCCAGAAGCCCUGUUCCUUAUGCAUAUAUGUAUUCUGGACUUAUGAUGAAGUGUUUCUUUUGAAGCUGGUCCCUUUAGACAUUUUGGUGGUUAUUUAAGAAAGAGGGGGAGUGGGUCUCACUAAAAUAAAUACCCCAGGAGUGAGGGAGAGAAUAGAGUUGGGGGAAUCUUCAUCUUAAAGGAUGCAGAGCGAGGACCUGGAUGCUGAGAAAUCCGGGGGCUCGGAGAAGGACUCUGCGCCCAUCCCACCCCACCCCCCAGACGCCCCUGCAGACUAUUUCUGCACCUCCACGAACUAAGCAGAAGCAGGAGGAGAAGGGAGAGAGGAGAGGUGGGCUGUGGGUAAGUGUGUCUGGGUGGGGGUUGGUUAGGGAGCGUGGAGACACAGCAGAUACAGAUGUGAAUGUGGGAGAGAGGAGAACUUGCUACUAUUCCAUUGGUGGGUUGGGGGGAACCUAUUUUGCAGGAAAAUCUCUCCUCCUGAAGGGGAAGGUCAUAGUGGUCCUCUGAGCCUGAAAUCGAAAGACCCCCUUCCCCCUCCUGGUCACGUGAUUCAUUAAAUAAUUAAUGCCGAGGUUGCAGAAUAGAUAUGUAUUCGUCAGGAAAAUCGCAGGCUCGGUCUCCCUGUUUCUGACGUGCAAUUCAACUGUCCUUUGAAAAACAAGCCUGUACCCCGAGAAAAAAAGAGAGGGGGAGAGAGAGGGAGAGAGAGAGAAAAAGAGAGGGAGGCAGCAAUAAAACAGCCCCGCAGCCGGAGCCACACCGCGGGCUGGGGUAUUGAGGGGAGAUUUCUCGCCUGCCGCUCGCGCUGGGGCUCGAUGUGAAUAUAUAUUAUGUCUGCCUGUUCUCCCCUCGUCGGUGGCUAAGGUCAACCGCUGCUCCGAACAGACCCCGGGAGGAGGUGGGCAGAAAGGGGAGGGGGGUCCGGCGUGCCACGUGACCCCCAGGGGUGCCAAUGUCCGGUCGUGAGGGUAUCAGGCCCUUGCAAGUUGCCACCCACUGCCCGGGCCUCGCCCAGCAAUGCAGAAAGCCACCUACUACGACAACACCGCGGCCGCACUCUUCGGAGGCUACUCCUCGUACCCUGGCAGCAAUGGCUUCGGCUACGACGGUCCCCCGCAACCCCCCUUCCAGGCCGCCACGCACCUGGAGGGCGACUACCAGCGCUCAGCGUGCUCACUGCAGUCCCUGGGCAACGCCGCCCCUCAUGCCAAGAGCAAGGAGCUCAACGGCAGCUGCAUGAGGCCCGGUCUGGCCCCCGAGCCCCUGCCCGCCCCGCCCGGCUCACCCCCGCCCAGCGCCGCACCUACCAGUACCACUAGCAACAGCAGUAACGGGGGCGGGCCCAGCAAAAGCGGGCCUCCCAAGUGCGGUCCCGGCUCCAACUCCACCCUCACCAAACAGAUAUUCCCCUGGAUGAAAGAGUCGAGGCAAACGUCCAAGCUGAAAAACAGCUCCCCCGGCACAGCGGAGGGCUGCGGCGGCGGCGGCGGCGGCGGCGGAGGAGGAGGCAGUGGUGGCGGGGGCGGGGGCGGCGGCGGGGGAGGGGACAAGAGCCCCCCGGGGUCGGCGGCGUCCAAGCGGGCACGGACGGCGUACACGAGCGCGCAGCUGGUGGAGCUGGAGAAGGAGUUCCACUUCAACCGCUACCUGUGCCGGCCGCGCCGCGUGGAGAUGGCCAACCUGCUGAACCUCAGCGAGCGGCAGAUCAAGAUCUGGUUCCAGAAUCGGCGCAUGAAGUACAAGAAGGACCAGAAGGCCAAGGGCCUGGCCUCGUCUUCGGGGGGCCCCUCCCCCGCCGGCAGCCCCCCGCAGCCCAUGCAGUCCACGGCCGGCUUCAUGAACGCCUUGCACUCCAUGACCCCCAGCUACGAGAGCCCGUCCCCGCCCGCCUUCGGCAAAGCCCACCAGAAUGCCUACGCGCUGCCCUCCAACUACCAGCCUCCUCUCAAAGGCUGCGGCGCCCCGCAGAAGUACCCCCCGACCCCGGCGCCCGAUUACGAGCCUCACGUCCUCCAAGCCAACGGGGGCGCCUACGGGACGCCCACCAUGCAGGGCAGCCCGGUGUACGUGGGCGGGGGCGGCUACGCGGAUCCGCUGCCGCCCCCUGCCGGCCCCUCCCUCUACGGCCUCAACCACCUUUCCCACCACCCCUCUGGGAAUCUGGACUACAACGGGGCGCCCCCUAUGGCCUCCAGCCAGCACCACGGACCCUGCGAUCCCCACCCUACCUACACAGACCUCUCCUCUCAUCAUGCGCCUCCUCCUCCUCAGGGUAGAAUCCAAGAAGCGCCCAAGUUAACACACCUGUGAUGGGAGAGGGAGGGUCGGAGGGACAAGGUCCUGGGGUAGGGGAGACCCAGGAGGGACGGGGACUGUGGAGCUCUGCGGAGGGGGGGGGGCACCCUGGACAUCUGAGAGAAAAGGCAGGGAGGUGGCAGUUAGGCUUCCUGGGAGGGAAGGGCCUGGAGCUCCUUCUUCUUCCCCUGGCCUCAGAGGUUGCCUUUUUAAAGUCUUGCAGCCCUUGUUCAGUCUGCCUGUGUAUCCACUGGAAAGGAAUCCACAGCAGAGUAGAGAUGACCCCAUCAAUCCCAGGCCUCCAGCAAUACCCAGAUGGAAGUCCACCCUGGGCACUGGAGUAGAGGAAGAGGAGAUAGGGCAACAAGGCAGAGAAGCACAUUUUUAAAAACCGACGAGAUGGCUAGGCCAUCACCAGCCAACCAACCAACUUACCUUUGGUCUCUGUGGGUAAUUCCCCAAAUCUUGAUUUUUUUUUUUCUUCUGGCAAUUCUCCUUAAAAAAAUUAAAAACACACUUCAAAACCAAGGGCACAAAGCACGUUUCCCUCCCAUUUCUCUGAAUCCUCAAAUUUCUUCCCAUCUAUUUGAGGUUGCUGGGGUACUCCCUGCAUUUCUCGUCCCAUAUUUUUCUGCUCUAGGACAUGCAUAUCUAUACCCCGUCCCCAUCAAUUAUACUCUUCAGAGGGCUCAGGGAUGGUGAGAGAUCUUGAAAGUCAGAGCUGUUUAUAUUAUAAAUAUAUAUAUAUAUAUUUUCUCUUAUAGUAAAAGCUGGGAGGUAAGGGCUGGCAAGUUGUCAGGACUGAAGGUUUGCCCAUUCUGCUGCCUCCCAUCUCAGCUCCAGGUCCAUCCCCCUCUUUCAACAGAAAGCAAUCGGUGACACGAGGUUCCACACUUUUCUUUUCUUCUGUUGCUCUCUUGACUUAACGUGAAAACAGGGUAUAUUUUAACAAACUGUCUGUCCCAGGGCCGGGCUGCAGCUGGGCCUGUGCGCCUUGCUCAACCCGGGACAGGACACUUUUGUUGCACUUAGAGUUUACAUUUUAAUGGAUAUAAAAACAACUGUGAGAGAUGCCUGGGCCUGCAGGAGUCCAGCAUUGCUCAAAAAGCGUGUGUUCUAGUGAACAUUUUCAUAUAUAUUUAUUGGUUAUAGCCUGUUAAAGUAUUUUCUUUUUUGUAUUAUUUAUCCCCCAACAUUAUGUAUUUAUAUGAGGGAAAAAGGAAAAAAAACUGUACUUUUUUUUAGUAUUUACUUGUUAUAAAGGACGUUGUGUUCCCUGUCAUGUAAAACCAGCUAUUUUAGUUAUUAUUGUACUCUAGAAAAGAGCUGUAGAUUUAUGUUAAACUCGUACUUAUGAGCAAUUGUAAUUAGUUCUAAAAGGCAUGAACUCAGCUCCUAAUUGUCACUGUAUAGUCCUGAAUUUGUAGAAUUAGAGUUAAUUCCCUCUUGGAACUUUCUUUGUUCUUCCGUAGUUACUUUUUCCCUUACUUAAAAGGGUUGUCUGUCAAACAAUUCUUGAAUAAACUUUCUGUUAUCAAUUUUA